UAAUUUUAUACAAAAAUACAUUUAUAUUUUGUGAUCUCAUUUACUUGACAUCGCGUUUCUCUGUUGUAGCUAUUGUAAUCACGUUAUGGUAGUUCGUGAGGCCAAUUUCAACAACGAGCUAGUUUCCUGUCGUGAAAACCGUUGUUAUUUGUACGUUCCGUGCUGCAUUAUCCGUGCACUCCGUUAAAGGUGUAUCUCCGGCGGUACCUUACCGGUCACAUAAAAAUAAAUAUGGAAAGUGAGUGCACUGAUCAAGACAAGUUUAUCGCCUCUCCACCGCAAAGUGGGGACGCGGAAUAUAACGACGUAGUAUAUAAAACUUCUAACUACAAUAUGAGGAAUAAUGUAAAGCCAUCUUUCUGGGGCCAGCGCACGAAGCUGGAGAAGCGACUGAUGAUGGUGGUCGGAGUGACCUCCGUCCUAGCCCUGGCUUUCCUUGUCGCCUUCGUGGCGAGCAUGGUCAUCAAAAAUACCACUGACAUCCAUGACAUGCCACAGACAAGCGAACUCAAGGUUUCAUCAUCCAUGCCACCUGCUGUCAUCGCGAAGGGAUCAGAUCAGAACAGUAUAAGGGUAUGCAAUACCGCUGGAUGUGUUCAUACAGCAUCAAAACUGCUGCAAAAUAUGGACGACAAAGUGGACCCUUGCGAUGACUUCUACGACUUUGCGUGCGGCUCUUUUGUCGAAAACACUCGUAUCCCAGACGAUAAGACCUCGGUGAACACCUUCUCCAUCAUCACAGAUCAGCUCCAGGAGCAGAUAAGAGCCCUGCUGGACGAACCCAUCAAACCUGCGGAACCAAGGCCAUUUGUACUUGCUAAGACUUUAUAUCAAGCUUGCAUGAACCGAACUGCGAUUGAAGAACGUGGCGUCCAACCAUUGCUAGACAUGCUUCGCCGCCUCGGAGGCUGGCCAGUACUUGAUGCCGAGAAAUGGGACGAGCAGUCUUUCUCCUGGGAACAGUCAGUGUAUAAGUUCCGCGCAGCCGGUUACUCUGUCGAUUACUUCCUCGAUUUCUCCAUCAGCGUGGACGUGAAGAACUCAACCAAACGGAUUAUUGAUUUGGAUCAAGCGUCACUGGGCCUCAGUCGUGAAUAUCUGAACCGUGGUUUCACCGACAAGUUGGUUCAAGCUUACUAUCAAUACAUGGUGGAUAUUGCGGUUCUAUUGGGAGCUGAUCGUUCCAGGGCGGAAAAGGAAUUAAAGGAAUCUUUGGAAUUCGAAAUCAAACUUGCCAAUAUAUCACUGCCAUUGGAAAAGAGACGAAAUGCAACAAGUCUAUACAACCCGAUGACCAUAGCGCAAAUGCAACAGAAGUUUCCCAAGAUACCGUGGUUGGCGUACAUCAACCGCCUUCUAGCUCCGCACGUCACGGUCGGCCUCGACGAGAUCGCCAUAGUGUCCGUGCCAAAAUACAUUUCUGAUCUCGAGGCCUUAUUGGAAAUCACGCCCCGUCGAGUGCAAUCCAACUAUGUGAUGUGGCGAGUGGCCGGUGCCUCCGUGUCUUACCUUACUGAGAACCUAAGAAGAAGGCAGCUGCAGUACAUCACCGCUCUUUCAGGGAAGACUGAGAGGGAGAGCAGGUGGAAGGAGUGCGCGGAUACCACCAGCGGAAGUAUGUCAAUCGCUGUGGGAGCUCUGUACAUAAGAAAAUUCUUCAACGAGAAAUCAAAGGCCAAUGCAUUGGAGAUGGUGAAUGAUAUCAGACAACAGUUCCGAAAGACCCUGAACGAAGUGGACUGGAUGGACGACCUGACUCGGCACGCUGCGUUAGAGAAGGCGGACGCCAUGGCUUCACACAUUGCGUACCCCAGCGAGAUGCUAGACGACAACAAACUAACGCAGUUCUACACUAAUUUGGACAUGUCAUCAGACAAAUUGAUGGAGUCGGUCCUGAACCUAACUCUCUUCGGCACCGAGUACCUGUUCAGCAAGUUGAGAGAACCCGUCAACAAGACCGACUGGGUGACUCAUGGCAGACCUGCCAUCGUCAACGCUUUCUACUCUUCCAUUGAAAACAGCAUUCAAUUCCCGGCCGGAAUCCUGCAAGGAGCUUUUUUCUCAGCCAAGCGACCAGCGUAUAUGAACUACGGAGCCAUCGGUUUCGUCAUUGGACACGAAAUUACACACGGAUUUGAUGAUCAAGGUCGCCAAUUUGACAAGAAUGGUAAUUUAGUGGACUGGUGGCAAGAGUCAACGAAACAGAAAUACCUGGAGAAAGCGAAGUGCAUCAUUGACCAAUAUUCUAACUAUACCGUGAAGGAAGUGGCAAUGAAGUUAAACGGCGUCAACACUCAGGGUGAAAACAUAGCUGACAACGGCGGGAUCAAGGAGGCCUACUACGCUUACCAAGCCUGGACGCAAAGGCAUGGGGAAGAACCUCGCUUGCCUGGAUUAGAGAAAUAUACUCCCAGACAGCUGUUCUGGCUGAGCGCAGCCAACACCUGGUGCGCUGUGUACCGCAACGAAGCGAUCAAGCUGCGCAUCACGACCGGCUACCAUGCGCCUGGCCGCUUCCGCGUCACCGGCCCCCUCUCCAACAUGGAGGAGUUCGCCAAUGACUUCAAGUGCCCCGCCGGGUCACCCAUGAACCCCAAUAAUAAAUGCAAGGUGUGGUAGUACCACUCCCUCGCACCACCCGGAGAAAAACCUGACUUUAUAUUGCCAUAACACCACUUAAUCUCAAACAUAUCCGAGUCUAUAUUCGUUGUUUCCUCGGGUGCACCCCUGCGGGUGCAAUGUCCUGCUGAAUGUUUAGGUAUAGCCAGAUGUCUAGAUGUUGUUCAAAUUUGUAAAUAGAGUAGCUAAAUUUUGUUUAUAGAUAGAAUUUACACCAUACACACCGCGAUCAAAUCAGUUGUUACGAAAUGCGCGACUUACUGCACAAAAUCUGUUAGAUAUUGAGUAAAUAUGUUUGGCAUAUUACCCUUUUGUGGGUAGGUUUUCAGACUGAGCACGACAUUUUUAUAAGACGGGUAUACAUUGUAUCUGAUAAGUACUUUUUAGAAUAACGUUCGACUUUGGAUUACUAUAAACCUUUGCUCAAACAAUUGCUGUUGAUCUUUUUACGCGAUAAUUUAAUCUAAACCGAAUUAUAUUCCAUUUCCUAUAUCUGGAAAUGAGCUUACUAAAUGUUUCUAUUCUACACCAAAUAUUUAAUAAAAUUAAGAAUUAAAAGUUCUAUUGCCGCCAUAGAUCAAUAACAAGGGUUGUGCAACUGAAACGGUUAGAUUGAUAUAGGUAAUUGGAAGAGAAGUACGUAGAUACCUGUGUACACGAAAGUACAAAAACUUACGUGAAAAUGUUAAGACUUUAAACACUACCCGGCUAAUUGUGAUGUGCUGUGCUGUUAGGGUUAUUUGUUAGGAUUUGGAUUGUCACAAGUCUUUUAUAUUUAUUUUAGGUCAAAAUAGUAAAGGGAUAGCGUGCGAUACGGAUUAUAGUUCAGGAACUUAUCGCCAAUCUCGCCUACUCAUUAUUAUUGUAUUCGAAAAUACUUCCACUGAAAUUUUCUUCUGAGGAAUGUCACUCGAAACGUUAUAGCCACGACGGCCUAUGAACUGGAACAAUACAACUUGAGUAUUCUUUAUAAAUAUUAUUGACUCGAGUGUCAUUUCUCUGAACGCUAAACAGUGAUAAUUUAAUUUUAGUGUAAGUACCUAGUUAAGUAUAACACUUUUGGAUACAAUCGUAUUGUUGUAAAUCAUAACACCAAUAUAAAAUCUUUUUUUUCAAAG